ACAGAAGUUGGGAUUUUUUUCCUAGAGAGCUAGAAGAAAGGCAAGCACCAAGAGUGGAGUUAUAUUAUUCGUUCAUUUGUUCUGGUGGGACACCAGAGAGGAAAUUACACUUUGUAACUGAUUCUCUAGGGGAAGAGGACAAAUGAAUUCCUGAAAACUUCGGUGGCCGAGUUUGGCACCAGGACUGGGCCAGAGGUAAUAACAAAGUGAAUAUAACAGCUAAUCAGGAUAUUGUGUUCCUUUGAUCCUCUCCACAUCCUAUGAGAUGUGCACUUGGCAGAUUAAGAGUUUCCAGUUCACUUAGUCAGUCUUAGUUCAGAGGAUCUCACUGACUGAGCAUCUAACUACCCUGGAUGGCAGUGUUUUCUUUACAACCUGGUGGCCUAAUUAAUUUGUCUUGAGGAUUUGGAACGUUGGGAGCUCUUAUCAUCAUGGCGAACCUACUAAAAACAGUGGUGACUGGGUGUUCAUGUCCUUUACUUAGCAAUUUGGGGUCCUGUAAAGUUCUACCUGGGAAAAAGGAUGUUUUACGAACAUUUCAUACUCAUCAGGCACUGUGGUGUAAAGCUCCUGAGAAACCAGGAAUUCCAUAUAAACAACUGACUGUCGGAGUCCCCAAAGAGAUUUUCCAAAAUGAGAAGCGAGUGGCAUUGUCUCCUGCUGGUGUCCAGGCCUUGGUUAAGCAGGGUUUUAAUGUUGUCGUGGAAUCGGGUGCUGGAGAGGCUUCCAAGUUCUCAGAUGAUCACUACAGAGCAGCCGGUGCCCAAAUCCAAGGGGCAAAGGAAGUUCUGGCUUCUGAUUUGGUGGUCAAAGUACGAGCCCCCAUGGUUAAUCCAACAUUAGGUGUUCACGAAGCUGACCUUUUAAAGACAUCGGGAACACUAAUUAGUUUUAUUUACCCAGCCCAAAAUCCAGACUUACUAAAUAAACUUUCCAAAAGAAAAACUACAGUUUUGGCAAUGGACCAGGUUCCAAGAGUCACAAUUGCUCAGGGAUAUGAUGCACUAAGCUCCAUGGCCAACAUUGCUGGGUAUAAAGCUGUUGUCCUAGCUGCAAAUCAUUUUGGACGAUUUUUUACUGGUCAGAUCACAGCUGCUGGAAAAGUUCCUCCAGCUAAGAUUCUGAUAGUUGGUGGUGGUGUUGCUGGACUUGCUUCUGCAGGUGCAGCAAAGUCGAUGGGUGCAAUUGUUCGAGGAUUUGAUACAAGAGCUGCAGCUUUGGAACAGUUUAAGUCUCUUGGUGCUGAGCCCUUGGAGGUGGACUUGAAGGAAUCGGGUGAGGGACAGGGAGGAUAUGCAAAAGAGAUGUCCAAAGAGUUCAUUGAAGCUGAAAUGAAGCUCUUUGCCCAGCAGUGCAAGGAGGUGGACAUCCUCAUCAGCACAGCACUUAUCCCAGGUAAAAAAGCUCCUGUUUUAUUUAGUAAAGAAAUGAUCGAGUCAAUGAAGGAAGGUUCAGUUGUUGUGGAUCUAGCUGCAGAGGCUGGUGGAAACUUUGAAACCACAAAGCCAGGAGAACUUUAUAUUCAUAAGGGAGUCACUCAUAUAGGCUACACAGACCUUCCCAGCCGAAUGGCCACUCAGGCCAGCACUCUGUAUUCUAACAACAUCACCAAGCUCCUGAAGGCCAUCAGCCCUGACAAAGAUAAUUUUUAUUUUGAAGUGAAAGAUGACUUUGACUUUGGUACAAUGGGUCAUGUCAUUCGAGGAACUGUAGUGAUGAAGGAUGGUGAAGUGAUUUUCCCUGCUCCAACACCAAAAAAUAUUCCUCAAGGUGCCCCAGUGAAACAGAAGACAGUGGCCGAGCUAGAAGCUGAAAAAGCAGCUACUGUUACACCGUUCAGGAGGACCAUGGCCACAGCUUCUGCCUACACAGCAGGUCUCACUGGGAUGCUGGGUUUGGGCCUUGUGGCUCCCAAUCUAGCCUUUUCUCAGAUGGUGACUACUUUUGGCUUGGCUGGCAUCGUGGGGUACCACACUGUCUGGGGGGUAACCCCUGCUCUCCACUCACCACUGAUGUCUGUGACUAAUGCAAUCUCAGGUUUGACAGCAGUUGGUGGGUUGGCGCUGAUGGGGGGACAUUUGUAUCCUUCCACAACUUCUCAGGGUCUUGCUGCUCUUGCUACAUUCAUCUCCUCAGUCAACAUUGCAGGUGGCUUUCUGGUGACUCAGAGAAUGCUGGACAUGUUCAAGCGUCCCACGGAUCCCCCAGAAUAUAAUUACCUGUAUCUGCUUCCUGCUGGCACCUUUGUGGGUGGAUAUUUAGCUGCCCUUUAUAGUGGCUAUAACAUUGAACAAAUCAUGUACCUAGGCUCGGGUUUGUGCUGUGUUGGUGCUCUGGCUGGCCUUUCUACCCAGGGAACAGCUCGUCUUGGCAAUGCAUUGGGUAUGAUUGGGGUUGCUGGAGGCCUGGCAGCCACACUUGGAGGCUUAAAACCGGACCCAGAAUUAUUAGCUCAGAUGUCUGGAGCGAUGGCUUUGGGUGGUACCAUUGGAUUGACAAUUGCCAAACGCAUCCAGAUUUCCGAUUUACCUCAGUUAGUUGCUGCUUUCCACAGUUUAGUGGGCUUGGCAGCAGUGCUGACUUGCAUAGCUGAGUAUGUCGUGGAGUACCCACAUUUUGCUAUGGACGCAACAGCAAAUCUCACCAAGAUUGUGGCCUACCUUGGCACUUACAUCGGCGGCGUCACCUUUAGCGGGUCACUUGUUGCCUAUGGGAAAUUACAGGGUAUCCUGAAAUCAGCCCCUCUCCUCCUACCUGGAAGGCACUUACUCAACGCAGGCUUGCUGGCGGCUAGUGCUGGUGGAAUAAUCCCAUUUAUGGUUGACCCCAGUUUUACCACUGGCAUUACCUGUCUGGGCUCCGUGUCAGCUCUCUCUGCUAUCAUGGGUGUGACUCUGACGGCUGCCAUCGGGGGUGCCGACAUGCCUGUUGUCAUCACUGUGCUGAACAGCUACUCAGGCUGGGCUCUGUGUGCCGAGGGCUUCCUGCUCAACAACAACCUGCUCACCAUCGUGGGCGCGCUCAUCGGCUCCUCUGGGGCCAUCCUGUCAUACAUCAUGUGUGUGGCAAUGAAUCGUUCCCUGGCUAAUGUGAUUCUUGGAGGCUAUGGUACUACUUCAACAGCUGGUGGGAAACCCAUGGAAAUUUCUGGCACACAUACAGAAAUCAACCUUGACAAUGCCAUCGACAUGAUUCGAGAAGCUAAUAGCAUUAUCAUUACUCCAGGCUAUGGUCUGUGUGCAGCCAAAGCUCAGUACCCCAUUGCUGAUUUGGUAAAGAUGCUCACAGAGCAAGGCAAAAAAGUUAGGUUUGGAAUUCACCCAGUUGCAGGCCGAAUGCCUGGUCAGCUUAAUGUGCUGCUGGCUGAGGCUGGGGUGCCAUAUGAUAUUGUGUUGGAAAUGGAUGAGAUCAACCAUGAUUUCCCAGACACUGAUUUGGUUCUUGUAAUUGGAGCUAAUGACACUGUUAAUUCAGCAGCUCAGGAAGACCCCAACUCUAUUAUUGCAGGCAUGCCAGUCCUUGAGGUCUGGAAAUCAAAGCAGGUCAUUGUCAUGAAGAGGUCUCUGGGUGUUGGCUACGCUGCAGUGGACAAUCCAAUCUUCUACAAACCCAACACGGCCAUGCUUCUAGGUGAUGCCAAGAAGACAUGUGAUGCGCUGCAGGCAAAAGUUAGAGAGUCCUACCAGAAGUAAAUACUAAAGCUCAAGCCGGUGUCUGAUGACGUCACUGCUUCAGUGUAGAAGUGGGCAGAAAGCAUCAGUAUAUGUGGCUGAUCCACAUCUGUAGCAAAGCUCUUGGAAAAAAGGAAGACUAAAAAAAGCCAAGAAAAUAGAGGGACAUUUUUCAAGAACAGGGAUCCCUCAAUUUUAUAAAAAAGAUUGAAAAUUCUGAAUGUUUAUCUGUGCAUACAUUUUUGGGGUUAUGAAGCAAAAGUAUUUUAUAAAAGGAGAAAGAACAACCUCAUUUUAGAUAUAAUUCUGUUGAAUUUUUAAAUUCCGCUUCUGUAACCAGAAACAUUUUCAGAAGUUGAAUGUUUAGAAUUUCAGGACUUACAUAAUGUUUGGGUCUAAAAAAUACGACACAAUAUAAACAUUGCAGAUACCUGCAUUUUUGUUUUCUCAACAGAUGUGACUAAUUUGAAACUUUUGUCAGUUCCUAAAUUGUCCCAUUGCAUUUUAACCAUAGUUUGAAUUGAUCUAAUUAAAUCUGUUUUAAGUUUUCAAACUUACUUCAGAUUGUAGAUUUUAAUGGUAUAUUUUCUCACUUCUAUUUUAAUACAUUAAAGGACUAGAUAAUCUUUCAGA